UCGGGUUCCACCGCAGACUCAAUAUACACACAAUUACAUCUGAAUGCCAUCCAAUGAGCCUCAGCGUCUAUGGUAUAACAUAACUAAGAGCAUAUAUAAAGCUCAGAAUCCGUCAAAAUCCUAGAAGGAUGGCGCUACCUAAGAGCAGACUCGCAGUUGUUUCCCAUCAGAUAUCCCGCCACCAAACAGCACAAUGGUAAAAUGGCUUCUCACGUAAAAAUCGAGCCUAUGGUCCAUCCCCAAGGAAGCAGCGUCAGUUUUGGAGCCAAUGCCUCUAGCGUAAACUUGGAGGGCUUGUCCGACGCCGACAUUGAAAUUCUCGCAGAGGCCUUUUAUAAGCACCACGUUCUGGUGUUGAAAGAUCAAGGACGUCUAUCGCCACAGGCUCAAUACGAAUUUACGCAGCGUCUCAAUUCAGCUGCCACGAUUUCCUCUCGUCACAAGGACCAAGACAAUGCCAAAAGCUUCCUCUUAAGCCCAGACCUUAACACAGUUCCGCAUCUGCCACAGGUCCAAAUCAUUGGCAACGGCUUCGUUCGUGAGCAUGAGGGAGCCAGAAACCUGAAACUGCGAUACCCGCAUCACCGCUCGUCUCAUUCCACCGUUAUAGAAGACCGAAACGCUUUGAAAUAUACCCGAUUUUACCGCUGGCAUAUCGACGGUGACUUAUACGGCGCGCCUCCGCCUGUUGCCACCACGAUCCUCGCCGUCAAACUUCCAAAGAGACGCAUGCAGACGAUUCGAUAUGAUGAUGGCACUGGGGACGAGUUGGUAGCUCCGCUGGGGACAAUCGCAUUCGCCAGUGGAGAGGCCAUGUACGACCUGCUGUCAGAGGAAGACAAGGCAUUUGCAGGAUCUACCAAGGUCGAGUAUGCUGCCCACCCAUAUUUGUGGAUGGCAUCGUCCAAGUCGCAUCCUACUGGGCUGGGCCUCGUCUCUGAAGGCCUGGAACUCGACGACGACGAGCUGCCGCCUAUCGAUCUGGCCUCUAUACAAAUCCUCCCCAUGUGCUGGCGGAAUCCCGUGACUGGCCGACUCGCACUGCAAGUCCACUCAUCUGUUGCAAGGCGGCUGCAUCUUGUAAACGGGGAAAUUAUCGACGACUUGGAGCGGGUUCGUGAUAUCUUGUAUCAAUUUCAGAGGCCUGGAAUAGCACCGCAGUCAGUUUAUACACAUGACUGGCAAGAAGGAGACUUUGUCAUUUUCCACAAUCGAGGGCUUCUCCAUUCGGUGGUUAGAACGCUGGCAGAAGAUGAGGUGAGGAUUAUGAGGCAGUGCAUAAUUUCGGGAACUGAGAUACCACUGGGUCCAGAUGGUAUUGUGUAAAGAGUGUUUAGACGGGCGAUUUGUAGCCCAUUGGAGGGUCGAGAUUAAUUCGUAAAUACAAGAUGAGUUGUAAUAGCAUCUACUGACUAAAUUGCGAUAUGUGAUAGCUGAUCUGUUAUAGUAUACUGGUAUAUGUAUAGAUAAGCUCAAUUGACAUGGAAGUAUUUGAUAAUUGAAAUCGAAGAAAUUGCACGAAUUGAUGAUUGGUGAUUUCUACUAGCAAUGUUCUUCUCCUCUGAUGCCUAAUGAAAUAGGAAGAAAU